AGUUAGUGAACGACACAUACACACACACACGCACGCUCUACAAAAAGGUAUACAGAAGUCAUUCGGAGCCUAGUGUGUAACGGCAGUUGUGGCACCGGCAAGAGAACAAAAUCAGGCGAGGGAGUCUUUUUUCCUUUUCCUGCUUGCUCUGUGCUUCACUGAUCACGGUAGCACGUUUCAUCUGCCGUUGAUAUCGUACCUUAGCACCAUAGAGGAGCGAGCAUACGGCAACAACAAAGAUAAACGGAUAAGGGCAGAAAAGGAAGACCACGACAAUCGCUUGCCUCAGCCGAGUUUUGCUGUGGUUGUUACUCGCGUGUUUCCGUUGUCGACUUCUCUGUUGUUGUUGUUUUCUCUCCUUAGCUGCUGUUGCUCCGUACAUCACUAUCCAUAGAAGUAAUACCUUGUUUUUCUCUCUUUUGAGGCAUAGAUGUUUAACGUCGUAUUUAACGUGAAGCGCCAUAUUAACUUUCUGUCGUCGAACAUUGCUGGGUUUUGCUUCCUCCCCUUUAGGUGCACUCUUCUCUCUUAAUUGCCGUUGAUUGAACUGUUGCUCCCGUUGCUGAGCGGCCCAGCUUCAGCUACGUUGGUCCGUCGAACUUCUUUCAUUUAACGGCGGCUCUUCCAGCGCAGGUGUCGGAUCCUUUCUUUAUAUACCUAUUAAAUACGUUACUACGCUUGAUCGCCUGCUCUUGUGUGCAUUUCGCGUGCUUACGUGAGCGGCGUCGGUGCCCUUACGUUCCUUUCUUUUCCAAAGUCGAUGUUUAAAAAGAAAGUAGCGGCACAGGCGGUGGCGGCUGCUGUCGGUGCCACCACGCCGUCCACGGCCGCCCCGUCACGCCGGCCGUCCGCCGCGCGCGGUGCGGGCAGCAAAGCGCGGACACUCGCCCUCAUUGAAAAACACCGCAAAAUAGUCGAGGAAGCGCAGCGGCAAAGGGAGGAGAUGGAGAGCAUCACGGCGGAGCAAAAAAGUCUGCUGAAGCAACGAAAGCAACUAGCCCGAGCCUCAGCGACGACGGCGGCAGCAGUCUCAGAAAAAGCGAAGCUCGUGGCCCCACCAAGGAAGGCUGCUUCCACACAACCACCGGCAGCACCGUCGACCACACUUGACACGGACACCAAGCCGGACGCGUUCACCGCCCUCAUUGAUCAGUUUCUCGCCGCCACUCAGCCCUUGGCGGACUUAGACGAAACCAUCCAGGGCAAGAAGGUCUCACUGACCUCCUCGACAGCGGCCGACCCGGCAGAGAAGCCAAGCGCGACGGCACCGCGGCCGGCGCGAGCGCAUCGGGCCCCUGUCCUGACCCACCGCAGCUUCGCAGCCUCCCUCACCUGCCCGAAGAAGUUUUACCUUUUCCAAAACCGGUCCGAUCUCAUUCCGAAGGCCUCGCUGGGCGACAUGAUGCACUUCGAUGACAGCGUGGGCUUCAACGAGCUUGCGCGGCGGUGGGACCGCCUGCAGUUCGGCAGUCGUGCCCACGUGGUGAAGGAGAGCGACUUUGACCAGGCCGUGCAGCACACGGAGGAGCUCAUUGUGUCGUACUUUCAGGGCCCCUACGCCUCCCUCCGCGAGCAGGCCCCAACGCUCACGAUCCACCGGCCGGCGUUUGCAGUAGACUUUGCUGCGCCUGUGUCCGGUGGGGCAAAGAGCGAGGCGACAGGCUCGAGUGCGAGCGCGCCAAUCGCAGAGCUGCGGGCGCGUCCUGCCAUCAUUCGCUACCGUCCGAAAGAAGAUCAGUGGGUGUUCAUCGACUCCCAGGCCGUCAUCGACCCCGUCAGCACCUCGGCCCGCAUCACCCACACAAUCCAAAAGUUCCACUUCACCGUUCUGUGCUUUCGCAUCUGGCUCACGCAGCCGCACCUCCCGAUCGAGCUGCGGAAGAAGUUUCUGCAAGUGAAUCUGGAUGAUAUCACGCGGGAGAGUCUGCGAGGGCGCUCGCUAGAGUCCUCCGCGCGGCCGGCCGCCCCUAUCGAUCUGAAGCGCAGCGGCCUGCUGCACAUCCGACAGUUUUUCCCCGGCCCGGUCACCCUCGUUGACUGCGCCCCGCCGCAGCUCAUGAAGUUUAUCCAGCGCAUCUCGCUAGAGGAGCUCCUGGAGGAAGACAGCAGGCACUACGGCAGGGAGAGCGGACGGGGUCACCCGUUCUCGCACGGCUUCACCGGCGGCGGCGGCGGUGCCUUCGACCUGCGGAACUGCCACAGCUCCGUCGGCGCGAAUGCGGGGCUGCGCAACUUGGUGGAUGUGCUGGACGCGAACGCGCAGGAGUUCUCGAAGAUGACGCAGGGCCGCACCGUGCGCAGUCAAAAACACAAGGACGAGACGCUGCACCGCCUCUUUGAGGCCCAGCAGCAGUUUAUGGAGGAGCUGUUGCGACAGCACACCCUUCCCCUAAUGGAUCAGCAGCGCCGUCUUACGGAGACCGCGGCUGACAAGAUACCGGUGCACCCGCUAACGGCUUUCUCCAGCCUUCUCGGUGAUGAGGGGUUUGUCCACGGUUCUUCCACUUCUGCUGCAGCGGCUGUCGGCCCGUCAGAACCCGCAGACGAUGCUGACGGCGCCAAGAGCAAGAAGACGGUGAAGUCCGCCGCGCGCAAAGUGAGAGGCGGCAAAGCAAAGCAGAAGUUCGGCCCCGCAGGCGCAGACGGCGACGACGGCGAGGGCGCAGCGGGUGAGGAGGGCGUGGCCGGGGGCGGGACUUCUGCUGGGGCCCCCUGCUACGGCUGUUACAUCGGUCCCCAGUGCCUGCGUGGGGGGGAUGCCUGCUCCUUCUUUGUGGAGGGCAUGUGCCUCCCACGCAAGGUGGACGACCCCAUCACCGCCAAGGACAACCACCUCUUCACCCUCCCCUCCACCUCCCUCGCGCGUAAGUCGGCCUGGUGGGCGGAGGGCAAACGCACGGUGGGCGAUAUACUCGCCGCCUACGGACGAGACGAGCCACGCAUGCGCAUGACGCAGGCUCAGCUGCGCUACGCCGAGGCCCUCACGCAGGGUCUGGUAGCGCUGAACCCGAAAGAGAUCGACGCCUUCUUCGCCAAGAUUCGCUAUCCGCUCUUCGUGAUCGACUUCGAGGCGGUACAGUUCGCCCUCCCUCCCUUCCAGAAGGAGAUCGCCUACCAGUCUAUUCCCUUCCAGUUCUCCCUUGACGUCUUCCAGCGCGACGUCCUCACGGAGGAGCCAACGCACUACAACUACCUGCACUUUGGCAAAGGCUGCUCGCCGAACACCGAUCCCCGACCGGGCUGUGUGGCGGAGCUGCUGCGCAUCGUGCGGCUGGAGCGGGAGAAGAAGCGCGCCGCGAUGGAGGUCUCCGGGGAGCUGGCGCGCCUUGAAGCGGAGAAGGCGGCAGCGGAGGCGGAGGCGGAGGCGGAGGCGGCGGUGACGGCCAACGGGCGUCGCUCGCGCAAGCCGAAGGUACCAAAGAACCCCAAAAUCACGAAGGCGACUCCGCUGGAGCAGCCGCUGCGGCCCUACGACGGCUCCUUCAUUGCCCAUUUCGCCUCCUUCGAGAAGUCGUGCCUCGAAAAGCUCGGACAGCUAGAGGAGGAGUACAAGGAGGAGAUCAAGGAGUUCUGCUUUCUGGACACGCUGGACCUCAUCAAGAGGGGCUGCGUGCACCCCAACACACACGGGUCGAACUCGCUCAAGAAGGUGCUGCCGGCGCUCUGCCCCGAUUUUCAGUACGGCGUCUUCGGUGCGGAGAAGACGCCGUCCGACGACCUCGCCGCGACGGGGGACGGCGGUGGAGCGGCAGAAGGGCAGGAUGAACAGAAGGGAGAAAACGCGAUGGGUGUGUACCGGCUGUGGUACCACCUCGAGGGCGGGGGCACCGUGCAGGACCUACAGCGCGCCUCACGCGGCCUGUCGGGCAACGCGCCGUCGGACGCCCCUGCGGGUGCCGCCGCGGCCUCCGCUGCGUGGACGGAGAAGGUGCGGACGACAAUGUCGAAGGAGGAGCGUGACCGUAUGUGGCACACCCUGCGCAUUCAGCUGCUCGAGUACUGUUCGCUGGACACCAAGGCUCUCUAUGAAAUUAUGCGGCAGAUCCACGCGGAGCGGGCGGCGAUUGAAGACGCGACGCCGAAGGACAAGAAUGGGUGGGUCUUCAUCAAGCCAAUGUCCCGCGAAAUGGACUUGUAG